GCAGAGUCAUCCCAAAGGUAAGUUGAAGGUGACGAUUUUAGAGGCCAGUAACUUGUUGAUUCAUUCUAACAAUUCUCAGCCGUACGUGGUGUGCACCUUUGAGAGCUCUGAGUUCAUCACCAACGCUCCCGAUUCCUUUAACAACAGAUCAGCCACCACUGCCGGUCGCAACAAUGGCCUGAACCGGCCCAUGUACCAGAGCCAAUCGCUGUCCAACCAUUUGACGAUAUCUGAUUAUAGAGCUGGAAUUUCUAAUCCUGUAUGGAAUCAUGAAGCCAUUUUUGACGUGGUGGGAAACAAGUCGGAGUUGGAAAUCUCCAUCUACGACCUGAGCACAGAUGACUCGUUCUUGGGUCAUGUUCGUAUCCACCCAUUUUUGUACGACCAGAAGCGUAACAAUGGUUCGUGGUUCAAUUUGGCACCUCGAGUGGCUGGUGAACGGGUUUCAGGCUCCAUUAAGAUCAAAUGGGAAUAUUCCAAUCUUCUUAACCACUCCUACGGACCCGAAGACUUUGAGAUUUUGAGAUUAUUGGGUAAAGGAACCUUUGGUAAGGUGUACCAGGUGAAAAAACGGGAUAAUAAUAGAAUUUACGCUAUGAAGGUUUUAAGUAAAAAGGUUAUUGUCAAGAAGAAAGAAAUCGCACACACCAUCGGUGAACGGAAUAUUUUGGUUCGUACUUCAGCAGCUCAAUCUCCUUUUAUUGUUGGAUUGAAGUUCUCCUUCCAAACCCCUACUGAUUUAUACUUGGUGACAGAUUACAUGUCAGGAGGAGAAUUAUUCUGGCAUUUGCAAAAGGAAGGAAGAUUCCCAGAAGACAGAGCCAAGUUUUACAUUGCUGAAUUGGUGUUAGCAUUGGAACAUUUACAUGAUAAUGAUAUCGUUUAUAGAGACUUGAAGCCAGAAAACAUCUUACUUGAUGCCAAUGGGCAUAUUGUAUUAUGUGAUUUCGGGUUAUCCAAAGCCAAUUUGAACAAUGAUGGUACUACCAACACCUUCUGUGGUACCACCGAAUACUUAGCUCCUGAAGUGUUACUUGAUGAACUGGGAUAUACCAAGAUGGUUGAUUUCUGGUCGUUGGGAGUAUUAAUUUUCGAAAUGUGCUGUGGUUGGUCUCCCUUCUACGCCGAAAACACCCAGCAAAUGUACAAGAACAUUGCCUUUGGGAAAGUUCGCUUCCCCAAGGAAAUCUUGAGCAGCGAAGGAAGAUUAUUUGUUAAGAGACUAUUGAACAGGAACCCUAAGCAUCGUUUAGGUUCCCUUAAUGAUGCCAGAGAAUUGAAAGCACACCCAUUUUUCCACGAUAUCGACUGGGAAUUAUUGAAGAACAAAACCAUUCCUCCACCUUUCAAACCCCAUUUGACGUCUGAGCUCGACACCUCUAACUUUGAUCCUGAAUUCACCAACGAGUCAACUUCGGUGCUAAAGAAGCAAAUGGAAAUGGCAUCAACUCCUUUGAGUCCUGGAAUUCAAGCCAACUUCAAGGGAUUUACAUAUGUGGAUGCGUCAGCCAUGGAUGACCAUUUCAGCAAAAGCCACCGUUACAACAGCUUCAGAGCUCCCGGUAGCUUUAUUCCAGGUAACCCUAAUUUACCUCCUGACGAAGAUGUUAUAGAUGAUCAAAUCGACGAGGAAGAUGAAAUGGAUGUUGAUAUGGAAGAUGAAGAGUUCAUCAAUGGAAGAUUCGAUUUGUAAUUUUACCUACAGCUUUGUAUAUUACCUUACCUUAUAACCUUUGUUCAUUAAUAUAUGGCUAGAUAAAUGAACGGUGCACGACAUCCCAUACGACAGGCACCGCGAACGAAAAACCAAAACUAAAACCAAAACUAACACCCAAAACGAAGCAUAGUUAAACCAAAAUGGCACAUCCUGGUAGACCAAGACGGCGCAAUAAGACCCCAAGUCAGAGCAUACCACAUCAACAAGUUCCACAACACUACCUCAAACCCAUAAAAGAGGAGCCCACAACCAAUUUGCACGAUGAGAGCGAUUUGAUAUCGUUUCGAACUGACGCAUACACAAGGUUUAUUAACAAUCAAGAACUAUUGGAAAACGUGGUCUCCAAGUACAUCCACUCUUCUAAGAUCAUACCUCCCAAGUCGUUCCCCGACCCGCUUCCCAAGAGUUCAGACCUAAAUGCGUUAAAAUACGAUGAAGUGUAUUUUGGAGAUUUGGCAGCGUUGAAGCACAUAAACGAGAAGCUAGAGAAGGAAUUGAACAGUAAAGAAGAAGACAUAACACUCAGUAAAGAGUACGAAUUUCAAAGUCAAAGCACCGCUCGUUUGGCCCGUUUGACCUGUGACCUCAAAGAUGAGCUGUGUAUUGAGGCAUUGGAAACAGAGAUGAAAAAGAUAUUGGCUGAGUACAAAAACACUUUCCAUAUGAAAUUCGAGUCCAUCCAAAACUAUAAGCCUUACAAAGCGUCUAUAGAUGUCCACGUGGACAGUGCUCCUGCAAAUUAUAACCCUCGUCUGUUGGACUCAAUGAUAAAUAUGAACCAGCCACAACUGCCCGAACAAAACAACAUUGAAAUCCCCCACAACCCGGGUUUGGGGCAGAACGGAAACUCUCACACUAAUGGUCAGGAUGGUGGGAAUGGGGACAAUGACUAUUUUGACAACUCAUUCUUGGAGUUCCAACAACCUCAGCUGAAAGACAUGUUGAAUGAUAUAGUGGAUGAUGACAUGGGAGGCCUUAUUAACUUCCAGGAUGAUGACAUUAUGAACGGUAACUUUGAUGAGGACUUCUUGAGCCAAAUUGACCACAGCAUGGAAUAAAACGAUACUUUGUACAAUUAUGUAUUAAUAGAUAACCACCCAAUUGGCCCGUAUAUGGUAGAUUUGGCCAUUAAAUGAUAUAUGUGGAUGACUAGUAAACAGAAACUUUCCUAAGCAGAUUGGCCUAUUUUGAUGUAAGCCUUCAUUCGUCUUAGUGAUUCCUCAUGUGCCAGAAGGAAUCCAAAUCAUCUCAAAAUUUCUCACUGUUUUGAUUUUCGAAAGGAUAAGAAUAGCCACCGUAUUGAUGAUACAAGGAACAACACGGAGCAGAAUAAGACAGCAGAAACUUCGUAUCACUUUCUUUGGAUACUUCCUUGUAUUGUUGUUUUUUGCACUGCUUCAAGUAAUAUCCAUUGUUUUUUUCACUCAAGGAUUCCUUUUAUCUAGAGAAGUUCCAGAUAUAAUAUCCAAUUGUUCCGAUGAAGUCCAGGCCUGUCUUGUUCCCAAAUUCGAAAAGGCAAUAGUAUUGGUUAUAGAUGCGUUGCGGUUCGACUUUGCCAUUCCUGUUGAAGGCAGUGAAAUGUUCUACCAUAACAAUUUUCCUAUUCUAUACGAGCUUCAUACGAAUCAACCUCAAAAGUCUGUGUUGUUAAAGUUUAUAGCGGACCCUCCCACAACAACAUUACAACGUUUAAAAGGGCUAACGACGGGCUCUUUGCCAACCUUCAUCGAUGCGGGUUCUAAUUUCAACGGGGAUGAAAUAGACGAGGAUAACUGGGUUCUACAGCUAUAUAACCACAACAAGUCGGUGGCGUUCAUGGGAGAUGAUACUUGGCAAGCUUUGUUUAAGAAGUACAUAAAUCCACAGCUCAACUUCCCAUAUCCAUCUUUGAACGUGUGGGAUUUCCAUACGGUUGACAACGGGGUAUUGGAGAAUCUUCAUCCGCUUCUUAAGGAUCCUCAAAAAAGUUCCAAGUGGGAUGUUUUGAUAGGUCAUUUCUUGGGAGUGGACCAUAUAGGCCACCGGUAUGGGCCCAAUCACCAUACAAUGAAGGAGAAGUUGAAUCAAAUGAAUGAAGAAAUCAAGAAGGUUAUUGAAGAAAUGGACGAUUCUACCCUAUUAGUGGUGAUGGGAGACCACGGAAUGGACUCUACUGGAAAUCAUGGAGGAGACUCUUCUGAUGAGUUGGAAUCGACGUUAUUCAUGUACACAAAGAAAAAGAAUUUCCAGAUGAAUAAGCAGAAGGUGAAGGCAAAUGCCUAUGAUAUUCUGAAACUUGGUACAAAUUAUAGAACAGUCAACCAGAUUGAUUUGGUACCCACCAUAUCUUUAUUAUUAGGAUUACCAAUACCGCACAACAACUUGGGAUUUCCUAUUGAUGAACUUUUUGAAAGCGAUAAGGUGUUAAAUCAGGUUUCUUAUAAAGUGGUUCAACAAAUCAACCAGUUCAGAAUGAACUCAAAUAACGAGAAAAUCAUCAAAAACCAAGAGUUGAACGAUAAGUAUGCGUUCUUGAUCAGCAACUACGAAAGGUUCCUGGGUAACAAGAAGUACACUUCCGAUUUGAUAUCUAUUUCGAAAUCUUUCCAGUACGACAACUUGGAAUACUGCAAAUCAUUGUGGGCGAGAUUCGAUAUGAAGUUCAUUGUUUUUGGACUUCUGUUAUUGGCAUUAUCGUUCGUGUUCAUUUUAACCUAUUCCAGAUCAAUCCCAUCCGUGAGAGUAUCAACGAUGUCUUUUGAGUUUUUGGGGUCCGUGAUUGCUAUGUCAUUACUAGGAAUUGUUUUGAGCUUGUCCAUAUAUAUUGUGUUGAUGCCUCACAAUCUUAUGCUCAGACACUGUUUGGCCGGUGGAGUUGGAAUAGGAAUGGUGAUUGGAUUCUGGGCCCCUAUAAUGGAUAGAUUCAGUGUCAAUUGGUUGAUUCACCAGAUAUUUGACUUCUUCAUAUACAAUUUCAAUAGCUGGUCGUUCAUGGGAUUGAUUUACUUGGUAUUGCAUUGUCUCAUCUUUGCCUCUAAUUCUUAUGUGAUAUGGGAGGACAAGAUGGCGAGCUUCUUCUUAUCGAUGUUCGGAGUAUGUGGGAUAAUAUCCAUUGCGUCCAACACUAAAACACCCCAAGAGUCCCGUAUUCUUGGAAUUUUGCAUUGCUUAACGUUUGUGGUUGUUACCAGAUUGAUAUCAAUGGUGAACUUGUGCAGAGAAGAACAAGGAGAUUACUGUCGUCCAACGUUCGAAGUGACGUGGUGGUCGGUUUUACUAUUGCAUGUAAUGGCUUACUUUCUUCCGUUGGUCAUCAAAUCAUUCUACAGAUUAACAAACUCCUACCACUCUGCGGCUCCUUUAUGGAUGAAGUCAGGGUUUCGGUUUCUUCUCUUCAUGAAUGCCACUUAUUGGACGUUGGAGUACAUGGAUGAUAAUGGGAUUUUUGAGAAGUUACAUUUGAGUACUUCCUUCACCCACUUUUUAACCAACAACUUGAUCAAGUCCUUCAAGUUGGCGAUUUCAAGAAUCGUGUUAUUUAUUAGUUUGGUAUUGGCCAACUACGGCUGGUCCAGAGGCCCUUUGUGUGUGAAGAUUGAUUUCUCCAAUCCAGAGCCAAAUGAAGAUUCAAAGAGCUCACCAGAUGAUUCUCAGGAGCUUGGAGAAGAAAAACCAACUGCUACCAUUCUAGGAUACGAAAACAUCUAUGGGUCUUCGUAUUUCUUGUUGGUUAUCAAUUUUGCAGCAGCCAUAAUGCUCACAUCUAAGCCAUUGGGUGCAUUAUCAAUUGCUGGGUUAUUGGUUCAAAUCUUGUCAUUUUUGGAGAUCAUGGAUUUGUUGGACUUACGAAGAAAUCUUAUAAGUCCCAUCAUUUUUGGAUUAUUGGCAUACCAAAAUUUCUUUAGCACUGGUCAUCAAGCCACCAUCCCUUCCAUUCAAUGGGAUGUUGCAUUUCUAACUAAUGAUGAUAUAAUGUUUCCGUUCACUCAUAUCAACCUCGUGUUGAAUAAUUUUGGGUCUUUCAUUCUUGUGUGUUUGGCAAUUCCAUUGGUGAUAUUGUGGAGAGUUCCUCCCACUAACAAGCCCAUUGCGGUAUUAUCCCAAGUGAUAAGUAUCACCACCUCGUUAAUAACCUAUCAGACAUUGCUCAGUUUGUCAAGCUUCAUAUUUACUGCCCACUUCCGAAGACACUUGAUGGUGUGGAAGAUAUUUGCUCCGAGAUUCAUGUUAAAUGGAGUUUUACAAGUAUUGAUCAACGUUGUUUUGAUUUUUAUAACGUUAUGGUUUGGAGUCAACAAGGUGUUAAGCCAAGUGAACCGGAUAUUUGGAAAGUAGAUCUCACUCGGUAUACGUUACUUUACGAUAAUAGACAUAAUAUGAUUUACCGCACA